AUGAUGGACAUUUAUCAUAAAGCAUUAAAAAACCCAGACCCGCCUAAAAAAGCACCCUCCACAAAUAAAUCACCACCUGAUUAUCAUCAAGUCCAACCUCCCCCACCACCUAUGCCAAUUUCUUUACUGCAACCACAACAACAAGGACAACCAAUGACUUUACCACCUUUACAACCAGGUCCAUCUUCAAAUACUUCAACUUCCGCCCCAGCAUAUUUGUCACAUUUAACUUCAAUACACCAGCAAGCACAAGUUCAACAACCCCAACAAUUGAAUUAUAGUUACACAACACAUAAUAGUAGCACAAAUAGUAGUAAUAGCAACAGUACUAAUAGCAGUAAUACCACCAAUAAUAGUACAACAUCUGGAUCCGAUAGUCAACUUAAAGACAGUGUUAUGAAAAAGAAGAAGAAUUCCAGAAGAAAACAUAGAAAUUCACAUUUGGGUUGUGGCACUUGUAAAAAAAGAAGAAUCAAAUGUGACGAAACCUUGCCGGCAUGUUUGAAUUGUCUAAAAGGGAAAUUGCAUUGUGCUUAUUUGAAUUUAGAUAAUAAUGCCAGAAAUGCCCUUAGAAUUGCUCAGUAUAACCAAAAUAUUCGACAGGAAAAAUUGGAUUCCAAUGGUAAGUUUAUUGAUGAACUGAGAAGUACUACAAGUGGGAAUGGUGCAGGUGUUAAUAAUAUAAUUCCUCAACCAGGUAUGAUGAGUGCACAACAUGGACAACCUAUAGCAAUGGCUCCAGGAAGUGCUGCAUUACCGGCUUAUCCAUUGAGUGCUGCACCUGGUGCUAGCGUAUUGGCCCCCAAUAUGUCUAUGAGUGCUGCUGCAGCCGCUGCAAGUUCAGCUAAUUUAUCACCAUUUAUUAAUUCAGUUAUUGCUCCAGGAAUUCAACCACCGCAAAACAACACUUCGUCAUCUCCGCAAACAAAUUCUACGAAUUCAACAGCUGGCACUGUUCGUACUCCGCCCCAACAACAACAAACUCAGCCACCUCCAACACAAGGCCAACAACCUCCACAGCAGCAACAGCAACAACAACAACCUGCUACAAUGACCCAUAUACCGCCAGGACAUAUACCUUCACCACAGAUUGUUCAAUCUCCAUAUGGUCCAUUGGUUCCUGUAUUAACACAAACUGGUUCAGUUGUUUAUGCACCAACAAGUACCCUUUCAGCCCAACCUACACCAAUGAUUACAACUGCUUUAGCUCCACAGCCAAUAACAAUUCAACAACAACAACAACAAGGUCAUCCAGGACAACCAGCAAUUCAAACUUUACCACCUCCAAUUCCUCAACAAGGUAAUGCACAAAGUACAAUUCUCACUCCACAGCCUCAAGUACCGUCUUCACAACCAUUGAGUAAUCCAUCAAGUGUUCCUCAUUUGUCACCUAUUUUGUCUCAACAACCUUCAGUAGUUCCAAUUACAUCAAAUGCUGGAAGUGUUGCAAAUAUUGCGUCCCAUAAUAUUCGUCUUUCUGCUGAUAAAAAUGAGGCAGCACGCAAGUCGGAAAUCUCAUCUAAUAUUUUACCACCAAUUAAUACUAAUAGAUCAAAUUCAAUAGAUGGAAAAUCACCUACACAAACAUCUGCCACUACUAAUUCUACUACAACAGAAAAAUCACCAAUUACAUUACCAAGUAUUCCAAAAAUCACUUCACCAACAAAUAAUGAUAAUGAUGAUAAUAAUAAUAAUAACAAUAAUAAUAUUAAAAAGCAUUCUAUUUCCACAACUUCUCCUUUACUCAAGGAAGAAAAAUAUGAUUCUGAUUCUAAUAAUGUAAAACUACCAAGUAUUAAUGUAUUAAAAAGAGAAGCUUCAAAAUCGCCGCCAAAUAAUUCAUCAACUAUGGAAGAAGAAAAAGUUUCAAUUUCAAAGUUAAUCUCAUAA